AUGCAUCCUCCGAGCCGCCAGGGGGCGCGUUGUCGGAGCCCGCCGCUCUUGGCGGCGCUCGUGCCCGGCGGCGGAAGGACGCUGGUCCGGCACGUGUCCAUGGAGGCCGGCGGGUCCCGCUGCCUCAGCCGCGGGAGCACUGGGGGAGUCUGCACUGUUGGGGACCCGGGAGGCACCGGCGGAACGCGCGGUACCGGGGAAAAGGAGGCACUGGCGGGAGCCACCGAUGAGGGGGCCGAGGAGGUACCGGGGGACCCGCGGUACGGGCCUGGGGAAGCACCGCGGGAACGCCCGGUACGGGGAUCUGGAGGGGCUGCCGAAGCACGGCAGGACCGGGAGGCCCCGGGGGCACUGCAGUCCGGGGCUGUCCGGGUGCCGGGGCUGGCGGCCGCUCUCCCGUCCCUCACCACCCCGCUGUCGCGCAGCACGGCGGAGCAGCCGGAGCGCCAGGCCCCGCGGAGCCCCCGCGGGCAGAAGCAUUUCCUCCCCGACGGCUCGGCCGGGCAGGCCGAGAGGCUGCGGCGCUGCGGCGAGGAGCAGUGGCGGCUGCUCUGCGAGGAGCGCCCGGAGCGGCCGGGGAAUCUGGUGAAGGCUGAGUGGAAACCAGAACGGGGCAUCGUGGAGCUGAAGUCCCCUGCGGGAAAGUUCUGGCACACCAUGGGGUUCUCAGAACGAGGCAAACAAUGUCUGCUGCCCGAGGAAGCUCUGUACCUGCUGGAGUGUGGCUCUGUCCAGCUCUUUUACAGAGAUGUGCCCCUGUCAAUCCAGGAAGCCUACGAGACCCUGUUGUGCCAGGAGGCAAUGAGCCUGUCACAUUACCAGGUGUUCAGCCACUUGAAGCAACUGGGUUAUAUUGUACUGAGAUUCGAUCCCAGCACUGUCCUGUCUCCCUAUGAGAGGCAGCUGAACUUGGAAGGUCACUGCAAGAGCUCUGGGAAGCACCAUUGCAAGAGGAGGAGGAGGAGUUCCAGCCCCCGGUUGCAUGAGAAGAAACAUAAAGUAGAUGAGGACCUUCCAGAAGCUGAAGGGACCUCCAGCAAAGAUGGAGAUGACUAUGGAGACUCCAUUCCUGUGGAUGAAAAGCCCUUGUCAGUGCAGCCAAAGGAAUCAGAUGAUGGCAGUGCAGAGGGGGAGUCAAUGCCAGUUCCUCUUGAUACUGGACAAAAGGACUCUCUGAGCUUCUCCAGCAGGCAGGCUGGAGACCACAAGGACAACAGCACUGGCACCCAUGCACCCCGCUGGGAUUUUACCACCAUCACCUUUCCCAACAUAGCCUCAGACCAGCCAUGCACACAUCUGCCCUCCCCUGACAGCAGGCUCCUGCCAGAGAACGUGCCAGGCAGGGAGGUGGAUGCAGCUUCCUGGUGCACACAGAUCAACCAGAAACAGGAGAAGCUGACGCGGAAGGAGAGGAAGCAGCACGAGAGGGAGAGCAGGUACAAGAGCAGUGUCAAUGCCGACCAGGAGGUGAGGUGCUGCUCCAACUGGCAGGAGUACAAAGCCCUCUUGGAGCAGAGGAGGCAGCAGAGGGCUUGGAAGCGACCGUCGCACCUCUGGAACCAAGCUGUCACACCACUGCUGCGGCCAGAAGAAGUGACCUCGCCAGCUGAGCUCCUCCAGCAGAUCAGUGUGCUGCAGCCCUCCCACAUCCUGGAUGGAGCCUCCUGGCUGCAGGAGGACCGAGAGGCCAUGAAGAUAGACUUCAACGUGUACCAAGCAGACGCUGUGUCCAAGUUUAAGAAGACAAACCCUGGGAAGCCCCAUGUCAGGAUGUGUGUUCGGAGCUUUGAUGAGCAGAUCCCCUCCCUGCGGGCUUUGAAGCAGGUGACGUAUCUGAGUGGGGACGUCCCUCUGGUCUUUGCACUGGUGGAUCAUGGAGAAAUCACCUUCUAUUCACUGAAGGAGUUCAAGCUGCCCGUUGAUGUUUAUCACUGAAGUUGCUGUCACUUGCAGAAAUGGGAUGGGAUAAAGGGAAGAGUUUUACUCAAGAGUUGUUUUCCUGAUUAAUGAAAUAUUACAGAAAACAGAGCCUGUGAUAACUGGAACCGUGGGAAGUUGGCCAUUUUAUUGGCUGUUACAGACUUCACCCACCCAAAUGGCUCAGGCAUAAUGUGUGAUUUACAGCACACGAGUCUGUUUGGCUUAGCUGGGCUUUUCUGGGCUGGAGUACACACUGCUUUGUUCUUGAAGCCACUGGCUCUCCAGCUUUCUCACCUCAUGGACCACCAGCCUGCCUUUCCUGAGUCAUCUUUUGCUGACUGUGGACCAUUAGAAAACACAUUGCUGGUGAUCCUUUUGUCACAUGUAAAGAACACUGUGCUACACCGAUGGAAUGGUUGGAGUGUCACUGAGGUCAAUCAGGGACAGAAAAGCUGAUCAGUGCUGGUGGCCUGAGCCUCUGUCAUUCAGCUGUGCCAUCAGAUCAGAUUCUGGUCUGGAAAGGGCACAGCCAUAAACUCGUUUACCUGGAAGAAAAUUUCCAGACACUUGAGAACAGAAAACUGUGCCUUGAACACAAUUUCAUCAGCCAGAGGCCACAGAAAGCCCCAGAGCAUUUCAGACAGCAGCUUGGCCUCCUGCAGCAGCUGUGCUGAGAUGCAUUUUGGCCACACAGUGUUAAGCCAUACUAAAACUUGACCACCACUAUCAGCACACUGCAUCUGGCAGUCUCAGCGGGGCUGAGCUGCAGCCCCUCUCUUUCAGCCCAACAUUCUCCUAUCUGGCUGUGGAUCCUUGUUAUUUCUCUUGCACAUGGGAGGUCCCUGAGUAAAGAGAAAACCUACAAAUUCCUCAUGAGCUUUCCAGUCUGCUCUCCACCAGGAUAUCUAGGUACCAAAUUUGCUUUAGCCUCUAUGCCAAAAGUGCCAGGUGCCAGAAGGUCUGCUCAGUAGGUGGAAGUGAGCUAAGCAUGGCUGUGUUAGAUAUCAAAGUUUUCAGAACUGUAAUAGCAACUGGUUUAGAUGUGUUUUAUUUGGUAUUUUUUUAGUUCCUUUUGGAGAUGUGGAGAAGGCGAAGCAAUAAAAAAAUCCUUUUCCAACGA